AUGUUUACAGCAGUGCUGGUUGCCUUGGCGAUUGGAGGAUUGAUUAUCUUCCUGGUUCAGAGAAGCAGGAACCAUGUUUUAAAGUCAGAGAAUGGCUGGUGGGGAGCCGGAGCGCCCCCUGAUGCUGAGGAAGACGUCACCAUCCGCCCCUUUAAAGUGACCACCAGCGAUGAGGAGCUGGAGGACCUCUACAGGAGGAUGGACCAGACCCGUCCCGUCCCCUCGCUGGAGGACAGCCAGUUUAACUACGGCUUCAACUCCCACUACCUAGAGAAGGUGGUGUCCUACUGGAGGAAGGACUUCGACUGGAGGAGACAGGUGGACAGACUUAACCAGUAUCCACAUUUUAAAACCAGUAUUGAAGGCAUCAAUGUUCAUUUUGUUCAUGUGAAACCCAAGAAUUUGCCUGAAGGGACACGUGCUAUUCCCCUCAUAAUGGUCCAUGGCUGGCCCGGCUCAUUCUACGAGUUCUAUGGGUUGAUCCCCCUGUUAACGGAGCCUACAAAUCCAGGGGAUCUAGUGUUUGAGGUGGUGUGUCCCUCCAUCCCAGGAUACGGCUUCUCUGAAGCACCACAGAAGAAAGGUUUCGAUUCAGUCUGUGCUGCACGCAUCUUCCACAAGCUGAUGAAACGUCUGGGCUUCCAGCAGUUCUAUGCCCAUGGAGGAGACUGGGGUUGGCUGGUCACCACUAACAUGGCUCAACUGGAGCCCAAAAUUGUGAAAGGUUUGCACCUGAACUUUGCCCCACCCCCCAAGCCGGGGCUGCUCGUGGUUCUGUCCAUCAUUCUUGGCCGCCACUUCCCAAAACUUUUUGGAUUCACUGACAUGGAUGUUGAGCGACUCUUUCCUUGCAUGAAGAAACUGGUGGUGGAAUCCAUCAAAGAGUCCGGCUACAUGCACAUCCAGGCCACCAAACCAGACACAGUGGGCCGGGCACUGAACGAUUCUCCUGUCGGUCUGGCUGCUUACAUCCUGGAGAAGUUUUCCACAUGGACGGAUCAUGACUUCAGGAACCUGGAAGAUGGAGGACUCACCAGGAAGUUCUCUCUGGACGACCUGCUCACCAACAUUAUGAUCUACUGGACUUCAGGCUGCAUCAUUUCCUCAAUGAGGUUCUACAAGGAAAACUUUAGCAGAGGUCUGGAUGCGCCCCAUGCUAAGAUACCGGUCUACGUCCCCACUGGCUUCGCCUGCUUCCCCAACGAGCUGAUGCACACGCCCAAGCUGUGGGUCCAACAGAAAUACCACAACCUCAUCAGCUUUUCUCCUAUGCAGCGCGGCGGCCAUUUUGCCGCCAUGGAAGAGCCCCAGCUGAUGGCUGAGGACAUCCAGAAGUUCACGAAAACAGUAGAGAAGCAACAGCCUGAGAAGAAGCAGUAGAAAGUUGAAUGAUCAGCCUUGCUUGGUGUGGAAUUAUUCUCUUAGUGGCUUAGAACAAUAUAUGGUGUAGUCACUGUACGACUGAGUAUCAGGGACACGCAAGAGAUUCUACUAUUUCGAAACUAAAGUCGUAACAUAACGAGAAUAAAGUCGUAAAAUUGCGAGAAUAAAGUUGUGAAAUUAUGAGAAUAAAGUGGUAAUAUUAAGAGAAUAAAGUCCUAAAAUUACGAGAAACAAGUUGUGUUUUAUGACAAUUCUUACAAGAAGCACGGUCUUCCCUAAAACUUUAUUCUCGUAAUAUUAUGACUUUAAUCUCGUAAUGUUACGACUUAGUUCUCGUAAUAUUACAACUUUAUUCUCGGAAUGUUACGACUUUAUUCUUGAAAUUGAAGCAAAAAAAAUCUCUAGCCUGGCCCUAAUACUCUGGUCAUCUCUGGUAUAGUGGAUUCCCACAGACGGCUGAGAUGUAUGGUCAGCCUGUGCCUUCAAAAGCUCCAGGUGUUGCAUAAAUCAUUGAUUUUUGAUUAAACUAAUUUGUGAUUUCCGUCAA